AUGCUGGAGAUUUGCAUGGAACAACUAUUUUGUUUUCUGGAUAAAGUCUAUCCACACUUACUGUACAGUAGUUCUAACAUUGACAAAGAUUCUAAACCAACCGUACUUAUCGUGGCGACUCAUUGGGAAAAAGAACACAGACAGUAUCAGGAUAAAAAUGCUCUUUUACACAGCUUGCAACAAAAACUUCCGAAAGAGUCCAAUUUUUCACAGUACAUAGUAGAGAAAAACUGUUACUGUACUUACUUCCCUGACGAAACACUUCAUGAUCUGCAGCAACAUAUUUUUGGCAUAGCAUCUCAUCAGCGAUGGAAAGAAAAUAUUCCUAAGGAGUGGGCCUUCUUUGAAAUAGAAAUAAAUCAGAAGAAAGAAUCGGAGAGGAUUUUAGACAUUGAGCAGUUAACAACAAAGCUUACCGAUGGCAAUGACGAACAGGAAGAGGAAUUGAAAUUAAAGAAGGAUAUGUUACGAUAUUACCAUGACGCGGGAAAGGUUGUGUAUUUUAAUGAGGAGGGACUUAAACAAUACGUCAUUAUUGAUGUUCAGUGGUUUAUUGACGCUUUCAAACACAUCCUCACUGACAAACUUCAUUUUCAAGGUAUUCCUGCUGCACAGAAGGAUUGGGAUGAAUACUACACGACAGGGAAUUUAAGAGACCGACUUCUGACGGAGAUCUGGAAACAUAAAGAUGAUAAGUUGGAAGAAGAAAUGAAUCGGGUACAGGUGAAUCCGAUUCCGACGAUAAAGAUGAUCCUAGAUAUCUACUCUAUCACAAAGAAAAUCUACUCAGUUACAUGCAAAGACUUGGUUUGAUGGCAGUUGGUGAGGAAUCCCAUUAUGUUCCAUGCAUGAAUCGGAAAGAAAUUGAAUCUGCUAUUACUGAUCAAAUUCAAAAGUCGGAGAGUAAAACAUCUAUACUUAUCUACAGAUUUAGUUUCUUGCCAUUCUUCCUCUUUUUCCGUCUCGUUGUGUCUUGUAUGCAGUUAAAGGGUUGGGAAGUACGUAUGACUAAUGAAACAUCAUGUCUGUACAGAAACGCCGCUUUGUUUUCUGUUCAUGAAUACAAUGUCGUCCUAUCUGUCACAGAAACAUCAAUACAGUUACAAGUAUUUCACCAUGUUAAGGGAUGUUCGUUAAGAAAAGAUGAAACUUGCAAAAUUCAGGAAACUAUAGAGGUUAUGUUAAAUGUCAUUGCGGGAACCUUUCACAGAGGUUUGAUGUACGAAAGAGGCUUUAGAUGUGAAGAAGACUGUACUAAGAUGAUUGCAGUGGAUAUCAGUGGGGGAUUUGUGCUGGACGAAUACGUUUAUCAAAAAGAUGGUGAAAUGGUUUGUCCAUUGCAUCCGUUUAUAAACCAACAUCCAUUUAACGCCACCAAACUGUCCGAAUUUUGGAAUCUACAUAGAGCUGAACAAAGACAUACAUAGGCAAGAGUGUCAAUCCACUGUUUAUAAAUACAGUGUCUCCUUUUUUUCUGUUUAGACGUUGUGGUUGUGGUCGGCUAAGAAAAAAUAUUUUAUGAAAAAAUAAACAAAUUGAUAUGAAUUGAAGAAAUGAUAUUAAUUUUGAUGACUUAAGAUCAAUUUAAUGUAUGUUUUGUGUUCAAGUAGACUCUGGCCAUUUGAACUCACUUUAGCUCACCUGAGACGAAGGCUCAAGUAAGCUUUUCUGAUCAAAAUUUGUCCGUCGUCUGUCGUUGUUUUCGUUGUUGUCGUUGUCGUAAACUUUUCACAUUUUCGACUUCUUCUCAAGAACCGCUGGGCCAAUUAUAACCAAACUUACCACAAGGCAUCCUUGGGUGAAGGUGAUUCAAGUUUGUUCAAAUGAAGGGCCAUGCCCUCAUUCAAUGGGAGAAAUUUUGGAAUUAAAGAAAAUUUGGUGGUAUGUUUUUAAAAUCUUCGUCAAGAACCCCUGUGCCAGGGAAGAUGAAACUUAUGGGGAAGCAUCAUCAGAUUGUGUAGAUUCAAGUUUGUUCAAAUCAUGGCCCCCAGAGGUAGGGCGGGGCCACAAUGGCCUAAAUUUUAUAUAGAAACAUAUAGGAAAAUUCUUUAGAGAUUUUCUUUUAAAGAAUUGCAAAGCCAUAAAUGAUCAUAUUCAUAUCGAAGCAUCCUCAGAUUGUGUAGAUUCAAAUUGUUUAAAUCAUGACCCCCGGGGGUAUGGUGUAGGCCAAAACGGCCGAUCAAAUUAUUGCAGAGAAAUAUAUAGAAAUUAUUUUAACAAUAUUUUUUUCAAGAAUAGCAAAGCCAUAAUUGAUCAUAUUUAUAUGGAAGUGUCCUAAUGUUGUGUAGAUUCAUGUAUGUUCAAAUCAUGACCCCCGGGGGUAGGGCAGGGCCUAAAUGGCCAAACAGAAUUUUACAUAGAAAUAUGUAGGAGAAUUGUUUUAAAAUCAUCUUCUCAAAAAUAGCAAAGCCAUGGAUGGUCAUGGGACUACUUUUGGAUUUGAACUUUUCAUUAAUAAACCAAUUUCUACCUUCUCCUAUCCACAGUGCUCAGGUGAGCGAUGGGGCUCAUGGGCCUAUUGUAUUUAAUAGAAGUAAUACGGAUUUGAAUCUGCUUUUUUCAAUUCAGUUCUAUCUUAAUAAUGAAAUGAUACAUGUAGAUAUGUGAUAUUUUAAGAUAUAGUAGACACUAAGAGUGAAAAUGUCAUGAAUAUAGUGACGGACUAAUGAUCUACUAAAUUCAGUGGAGUAAAUGCAUACUUAUGUCACAGGGUGACAAUUACUUGUUUUUAUUUUAUUUAGUAUAAUUAUUUAGUACAGUUAGUAUAUUAAGUUAGUGUAGUAGAUAGCUGUAGUAUAUUCCUUUCUUUCAUUCAUUCAUUCAUAACUGGUCAUUCAUUGUCAUCGUGUUUGUAUUGUAUUCUUGUUUGUCUGGUGUUCCGUGUCACGUGAGUAUUUGGUUGUCUCAUGAUUGCCCCGUGGUCUACAAUUUUCAAGUAAUAAAGUAAAUGAACCUUUA